AAAUUUUUCCAAUGGCGGGUAAAGACAUAGAAGAAGGUGAGGGUAUUCCCUCGGAAAAGUCGUCCUCUGAAACACCACGGCCAACAGUAUGGAACAGGGUGAAGACAGGCGUACUUAAAAAUUUUUUGCCCAUAUGCCUUGUAUUUUUUGUCGUGUUGGGAAUCGUUGCUCCACAACCCGGCGUUUUCUUCAGCGAACUGCCGACUCAGUACAUUUGCGUCAUAGGUCUGUUUCUUCACAGCGGACUCAAACUGAAAACAGGAGAAGUAAAAGACGCUUUGAAAUCGUACAAGGCUUUUAUAUGGGGAGUCAUUUGUAUUAUGUGUUUAACGCCAAUAAUCGGAGGACAUCUUACUGGGUUGUUACCCUAUCAGCCGUACGCGACAAAGGACUUUGAACCCCAGGACAAUGGUGUUUUCUCGAAUGGAAAUCAUACACGAAAUGGAACCUCUUCUCCACCUACUACGGUUGAGGGUAUCUCGAUUCUUGGCCCAGCUUUAUUUCAAAUAGGAAUUCAGAUUUACUUCAUCGUUCCUUGUACAAUUGCCGGGGGAGUUAUACUGGUGAGUUAUAUUGUGGGAACGAGUAAGGAAUGAGCCAGGGAGGGGUGGCUCGGGAGCAUUUGAGAACUGAUGUGAAUUGAUUUUGUCUGGUUUGCAGUGGAAAUAUUUUUUUUCCUGCUGGGGAAAAUUUUGAAAAAAAGGCGUUUACACAGACCAGGGAGUACUUUCUUAUAUAAGUGGGCGACAUAGGUUUGUGCCGCCCCAAAGGGUAUGAUUUUCAAUUGCACCGUUCCGGCCUGAAAAAGGGUAUAGAUUUUGCCCAAUUUGGUCCGGAAUGGGGUGUGGUUUUCAAGGGAACUAUGGGAGUGUAUUAAUGUAUUUGUCAUUUCAAUUCCAUAUGAAUAAGAAAAAAAGAGUAAUGUGGGAAAUUCGAAAUGGUUUUAAAGAAAUCUUUUUGUUGGCAUUCUAAUCUAAGUAAUGAUGACAUAAUUUGGACCUAUUCCGAGUCUUAAAAUGGGUAUGGAUUUUGGAUGCCAGGUCUGAAAACAGGUGUGGAAAAUGAUAACUUUUGGUCUGAAAUAGGGUCAAGAUUUGGAGAACCAGGCGGCACAUCCCCACCAAGAAUUCCCAGGAGUACCCCUCGGGUCACACGGGUGGGAAAAAAAAUCAGCAUUUUUUGUUUAAAUGGGGGGGAGAGUGGGGCAGUCUCCACCCCCCCCCCCCCAAAGCACCUUCAACAAUAACUUUUCAGGGAUAAAGCCAUAUUAAAUGAUUACAUUAUUAUUACAUUCUUUUGGACUCAGACUGUCCUAAUAUGAUCAGACAAAUUUGGUGCCAGGCUUAACUGUACUUAGCAUGUUACUGAUGGCUCCUAUUUUCUUUGUACUAUUUAUAGCAAAGAAAAUAAAAGAUGUCUGGAUAUUGGCUAAAAUGCACUAACUCCAGGGAACAAAGGGGCACAGUUUAUAAUUAAAGAUAGGCCUUAGCUUCCACAGGUUGAACCUGUUUACUCAGCAGAGGAGCGUCUGAACAAUUUUAACUGGGAGAUCAUAAGUUCGAAUCCCUUUGGGACAACUUAGAAUUUCUAUUUUUGCAAGAUGCCUGUGUCACUGACUUAAAAAAAGAAGAGAAAGAGUGUUUCCUUGUGGCAGGGGGCGAGGGUUGGGGGAGCUUUUAGCCCUUAAGUUAAGUUAAGUUAAUUUUAAUUUGUGUAAUUUUGUAUGUCCUUUGGGGCUUUUGUUUACCUUCAGCAGACAUAGGCUGAUAUAUAUUGUUUACAUUGUUAGUAAUAAAACAAGUCAAUGUCUUGGUUUCUGUUUGUGAAAUUUCUCAAUCCUUAUUAUUUUUCCCAUUACAAGGAAUGUUGGUAUCCUAAAUGAGGUCAGAGUUCAAUAAUGAUAAUAUGAAAUUUUAUUAUCUAUCUUAGGUAAUUCAAAUCUUUACAAUAAAUAUUUAGGCUUUGAUUCCUUUAUUUCCCUGCAGACAGCCCAAGCUGGAGGUGCAGUAGCAUUGUCUGUAAUGCUCACAGUGUUUUGUAACUUAGCUGCUGUUUUUACUGUGCCACCACUGGUGGCCUGGAUUAUAGCAUUUGAGGAUGUCAAGUUGGAUGCUAUCGCACUGUUAGUUAAACUUGUACUGACUGUGCUGCUGCCACUUUUGGUAUGUAGAUGUAUUAAACCAGGCAUAAUACCGACUAAACAAACUUUUUUCGUUGAGUUUCUAACAAUUAAUUUAAAGGAAACCGAGCAGGCAGCUCCCUAGGCUCAAUUACCAGCGGCUGUUCAAGAAAUGAGCCCAUGUUCCUCCCCUGAACAGAUGGCUGGACGCAUCAGUUUGCUAUUGUCAAUUACCACCAAUCAAAUCGUUGCCGAAGAACAUUGAGCAAAACAUUGAGCAUCAACAGAAUUGUACAUAGAGGAAAAGUAGUCUUUGCUAUUUUGAUUAUAGUAAUUAAGGGCUUUUCAUCUCUUUUUUUUACGUUGGGUGACCGUGUUUUUUUAGCUGCCGCACCUAAACUGUGGAAUGGGUUACCAUCACAAAUGCGAAAUGAGCCCAAUUUUCAUAGGUUUAAUGGUUUACUUAAGACCCAUUUUUUUAGAUUAGCUUUUUAUUAGGAUUUUUUAGGAUUAUGUAUACCCCGGUAUAUUAUAUUUUUAUAGAUCCAUUGUUUUUUUUAUAUAAUGUUUUUAGUUAUUUUGGAUAACUUAUUAAUGUUAAUAAUUUACUUUCAUGUAAUGCGCAUUUGAUCAUAUUUACAUCUAUUUUGUGCAAUAUAAAUAUUAAACUAUUAUUAUUAUUAUUUUUUUUUCUUCUUUUUAGGUCGGCAAAGGACUGAGAUUUGUGCCAUAUGUCAAACCAUGUGUCAAAAGAUUUUCCAACACUCUCAAGAUGAUUUCUAUUGUACUCCUUACAAUGAUACCAUGGAUGAAAGUUAGCCAGGCAAGUGCUGAAAAUGCCUUUACUGAAAUCUCAGUUGCCAGUAUUUUUGCUGUCCUUGGAUGGGGUUUGGCAAUGCAUGUCCUCUUUAUCUUCGUUAUAUAUCCUCCAUGCCUUAUUCUUAAACUGGAAAAACCAUCUCUAAAGUCAGUCAUGAUAAUGGCAAGCCAGAAAUCGCUGGCAGUCGCCGUGACUGUUUCAGGAUUUCUUCCAUUUACGCAAGCUGAGCAAGGGCUGAUAAGCUUGCCAUUGAUCAUCAUUCACCUUGGAAUUAUGGUAGUAGAUUCUGUUUGGGCGACAUGUUGGUUUGCAAGGGAUGCAAAGAAAGAGAAAUCUGCGGCCGCCGUUAACAUGUCAAAUGGAGAUGCCAUUAUGCUUGAAAAUCAAAGCACUGAUGAGAAUGAACUCGAGCCCUUGGCAGAUCAUGAAGCAACUGUUUAGGCUACUGUUAACAAAAUGUUCACUUUAAGUACUCUCCUAGUGUACUUAUAAGCCAUGUAACUACGUAAGUUAUCAACUAGCUCAUUUUAAUUUAAAAACUUAAUUUAAGGAACCAAAAUAUAAUUAUUUUAAGCAAGCUUGCAAAGGGCAACAAGCCGUGAAAGUAUUUUUGUCUACUUUUAGAGUGUGGGCCAGCCACACUUCAGUGUCACUUGGUUGACACAGUUAUCACAUCCCCUCAUUAAGUGCACCUCCACUCUGCCAAGCAUAAGCACUCCUCUGAGAUAAGGUACAUUCUGACAUCUUGUUGCUAUUAGGAACACAAGAAAAGCCUCUUCAUUUUUCAGAAUAAUUUCCUCACUUCUCCAAUUUGCACCAGCCCUAGUAUGUCUCUGUACAUUUGCAGAGAUCUCUUAACUGUAUUAUUUUGUUCUUUAAGUUUUUGCAGAAAACUUUUCAGGCAUAUUAAUUUUAUUAGCUAAACCACUCUCCAGCCUUGAUCUUCAUAGAUUGUAGUCAGUUUGUUACUGUGAAACUCACCAAACUAUGAACACCAGAAAUAUUUAUGGAUGCUAUUCUGUUACGAGGAAAUAGCCAAUAAUGCGUGGGAAAACUAAACCGGAAACAACAAUGGUAAAUGAAUAUUAUUAGUUUGUGGUUUUGAGGUUUACUCGAGUGUCCUGAAUUUUAUUGUGAUUGGGCACUACACAACAUUACAGUCAAACCGGCAAAGCCAUGAACACCAGAAAUAUCUCUGGAAU